GCGCCCACCACCUGGCGCGGCGUGAUGACGACACGCGACGGGCGGAGCUCACGUGAGGGAUUGGCCCCGGGCGGUGACGUGGCGGGAGGCGGAAGUGAGGCGGCUCUAACGAUGCUACGGCAGGACAGUAAUGAUGACACUGAAGAUGUGUCACUGUUUGACGCGGAUGAAGAAGUAUCCACGAGAUCAAAAAGGUCAAAGAUAAGGCACCCAGUGGCAUCAUUUUUCCACUUGUUCUUCCGAGUCAGUGCAAUAAUGGUCUAUCUUCUCUGUGAACUGAUCAGCAGCAGCUUUAUUGCCUGCAUGGUGUCAAUUAUCCUGCUCCUGUCGUGUGACUUUUGGACAGUAAAGAAUGUUACGGGCCGGCUGAUGGUCGGCCUUCGCUGGUGGAACCAGGUAGAUGAUGAUGGCAAGAGUCACUGGGUGUUUGAAGCCAGGAAGGCAUUGGCUCAAGGGAAAAAAGUUUCAUCUGAAGCAGAGUCCCGAAUCUUCUGGUUAGGACUAAUUACCUGUCCUGUCAUCUGGGUGAUAUUUGCUUUCAGUGCCCUGUUCUCAUUCAAAGUGAAAUGGCUGGCAGUGGUUACAAUGGGAGUGGUUCUGCAGGGGGCCAACCUGUAUGGUUAUAUCAAGUGUAAAGUGGGCAGAACAACAAAUUUAACCAGCAUGGCUACCUCCUAUCUUGGAAGACAGUUCUUGCGGCAGACGGUGGUUAAAGAUGACCAAGCUGCAUCCUGAAGACUGAUCCAAAAUUGGAGUGGAUUUAUACUGGUGAACAAUAGUAAAUGUUUUCUGACCAUGAGUUUAGGAGCUGCAUAAACUGUGUGGAUUUUUUUUAAAUUAAAUCUUGUAAGACUUCAGGUCAGUUCUCCUAGCAAAUUACUCAGUUUUUCUGCAACAGUGUGCAUUUCAGAGCUCUUCUAAUCGUUUGUUUGGUUAAGGCACUUGAGUUAAUUCACCGAAUCUUUUAAUUAAAGAAAAUCAUAGAUCUGGAGCCUAAAUGGGAACUAAACAGUCUGGGGUAAAGUAAGAGAGAAAACUUCUGGGCAUUCUUCCUCAUAAUUUGUCAGUGUGAAAAAUGUAAACGAGGCAGGCUUUAUAUCAUCCAAGGACUCCCCCAUCCCUCCAGCAAUUGCAUCAAAUAGCAAUUCACCCUGCAGAAUUACUAGUAGCAGAAUUACUUCGGCAGUUGGAAGUAAUGCUGUCUAAAUCCCACUCUUAUUCUGUACAUUGACUGCAGCUAGAAGAUGACCUGUUAGCAGAUGUUGGUCUUGAACCUGUUCCCAUUGAAUUCAGUGGGACUUCUGUCAUUGGCUUGGGUGGGAUCUUAAAGUGACAUCUAAGCAGCUCAGUUACUUCACUUAUGAAUGAUACUUUGAUAUUCUGGACAGCCUGAUUAACACCUGACUGAGAGGUUGUGCUGCAGCUUUGAUUCCACCUUGCUCGAUGUAUAGAAGUUUUGCUUCCCAAAGAAGGCAGGAGCUAGGAUGGUGUAGAACUAAAUCCUUAGUGUGGGGCAGAAUCCCCCCCUUACCCUGUGGUGUGUGUCUGAACAGAGAGCAUGAGAGCAGGCAGUGGGUGUCGGGGAAGCCGUGCUAAAUACUAGUAGCGAAGGGAAGCUGUGUGUGGUUGUUGCCUGGCCAUUACUAAUAAAACAAAAUGCUUCAUGCUGCCUUAACAGACCACAAUACAUCUACACUGUGCCCAAGGGGGAUCUGAGGCUCCCUGGGAUAGAUGGGGAUGGUGAUACCUGAUAAAUGAUCAGUAAGUUUGCCACUGCUGGAAAUGGUGUAUUGCAGACCUGCAUUGACUGCCAGUCUGUCUGCAAAGGAUGGCACUGCUGUUAUUGGAAAUAACUGACUGCUGAUUCUCCCCCCCGGUACAGUGUGUGUGUGUGUAUAUAUAUAAUAGAGAGAGAAUAAUGCUCAGGCUCACUUGCUAGUACAGUGCAGUUGAACAUUAUUAGUAGUUGAAAACAGCCCUUGCUAAAAAUUCAGUGUAUGAUUCCAAACUUUUAACUGGCCACUCUCCUCUCACUCACUGUUUUGCUGGCAGGGCGGAUUCAUGCAAUCUGAAUAACUCAUAUUCCGGAGUGGUCUAAGAAACCUAAUGAUUGAAUGCCAAGUUGGCAGAAAGGUUAAUGUUACACUAAUCCAUGCUGUAAUUGCUCCUCAAGUUGUGCCCACCAACAAAUUAAUUGGGAUUGGUAAGAAAUCUGCAUCUGCUGUGUGCUCAUGGACUUUUGGGUUAUGUUGUUCAGUUAGAUGGAGGAAGGUGAUGUAGUUUGCUUGAAAAGUGGUGUCGAGAGGGGAUCAAUUCUCCCUUGUCCUGUAACUCAGUUGAAGGGGGAUUGGUCUUUUACAUCAGAGGGGAAAAUACAACCCUGGAUGGGUAUUUUUUAAUUUAAAAGUAUAGGUUUUUUUGGAUCUAAAUCGUGGGAUUGCAUUAACAGUGUUUUUCUUCCUAUACUAAAGCAAUAUAUUGAAAUAGUAAAAUCUCUUCAAACUCCGGCACUGUACAUUUGUUAAACUCUUUGGACGAAUAUCUUUUUGUAAAUACAUAUUUAUAAAGUCUUGAAAUUAAAUAAUGCUUUGUCUACCA